AUGUCGAACUUUUACACCUCCAUACCAGAAUGUUACAAUGAAGGCGGAAUGGAGAACUUGGAUCUUGUCGGAACCAACAUUUUACGCAUCCGGUGCGGAACAGGUGGAGAGACGGCAUAUGCACCGAACCCCACAUUGAAUCCAUGGUAUGUCAGCCUUGGUACGCCCUAUGAAAAGAUGCAAUUGCAGAAUUGGAUGAACCAACCAGGCAACAUACCCACGCACAAAAAGAAAUUUUCAAUUGACAAUCCUCACUCCACCGAGACUGGCUCAAGACGGGCCGCAAAUGGCAGAAAAUGGCGAUCAUCUGGAGUUGAUUGCGAAUACCAGGGUAUUCCUCAAUCCUGA